AUGACAACGAUGUCCGUCCAACUGCGCCGCGUGGUGUACCUGUUGGUACUUCUGCAGUGUUUUGUGUGUGUGGCAUGUGCGGCAGAUGGCGUGAAUGUGAACUAUACCGACGCAGAAAUUAAUGGCGAUGGGGAAAUAGAUGAUCAGUUGAAGAUCCUUGUAAGGCAGACACUGUUGUUACUGAGGGAUUCGCAGAUUCCACUUGCGAAUGCAACCGCCUGUAAGGCCAUAUGGGAAGGGGCGAUCAAAGCAAAUAACGCGACGGUGAAUAGGUCCCGGGAUGCCUUCGAAAGAAUUAAGAAGCUUGACGAAAGAAUCAAAGAGUAUACGGAGAAGGUGCCCCAAGGGGGGUUUGCACUCAAACUGAAAAAGGAAGUGAAUCGGGAAGGGUUUAGAAAGUUGGUUAACGACAUUAAGGAGGAACUGGAGAACAAUGCGAAAGACAUACCAAAUGAGGAGGCGGUGGCAACGAUCGACGAAGCAGUCUACACUAAGCACGUUUGUCUCACAGUGCGUGGAAACGCCGAAAACGCUCUGGAGAAUCUCAAACGCAAACUGGAGAACUACGAGACGUUUAAAGAAGAGACUGCGAGGAGUACGAAGGCAAAAGAAGUAAAUCAAGCUGGCAAAAGUAGACGUGACGCGUUGGAAAAGAUCUUAAAAGAACUCAAGGAAGUGCAGCUGGACGCCACGCGGUCAGUUUCUAAAGCGAAAGAUCAGGUAAGGGCUUGGGCAGAUGCCGUGGGGAGGUUCUCCCGUCUCGGGGAGAUGGUCACGAAGUUGGAAAAUACAGAUGAUGUUCCCGCGAGAAAUGAAAUCAAGGCGGAAAACAAUGAAACCGUUCUGAAAAUAACAAGGGUUGCCACUGAACAAAAAGUGAAGGAUAUUCGCAAGCUUAUCAACGAAGUUGAUGAUGCGACGAAAACACGAAGGGAGACGGUCGUUGAGAAAGUCAAGGAAAAGGUGGAGACUGCUAAUGUAGAAGCGGCCGCACGCGUUGAAGAGGAAGUAAGGGAGGCCAUAAAAGCAAAGAAAAUUGCUGACGAAGAAGAGAAGGCGAGAAAGGCCAGGGAAGAAGAGGCGAGAAGAGUUGCAGAAGAGAAGGCGAGGCAGAAGGCAGAGGAAGAGAGGGCUAGGAAGGCCAGGGAAGAAGAAGAGGCGAGGAGAGUUGCAGAAGAGAAGGCGAAGCAGAAGGCCGAGGAAGAAAAGGCGAGACAGGCAGGAGAAAAAACAAGGGAAGAACAGACGAGACAGGCAGCAGAAAAGACCGAGAAAAAGAAGGACGGUGGCAGCAGUCCUUCAUUGGUGCACAGUCCCCUUUUGUUGCUUCUCCUGUCUGUGGUGGGUUGCACUCUCGUGUGUUGA